AUGGUCCUAACCACUCGUCUGUUGGCUUUUAGCCGUGGCUAUGCCACAACCCGCGCAGGCGGUUCUCGUCUUAAGCCUACGCUAAGUCUCGACCAGUUCAUUCAAAGAGGCCGAGUCUUGGCAUUCUACCGCACUAUUCUGCGCGGUACGAAAAGGAUUUCUGAUCCUACAACAAGAGCCGAGUCUCGAAGAUACGCCCGUGAUGAGUUCGAGAGACGUCGCAAUGUGGCGGACUCUGCACACGUUCGAUAUCUCCUCUCAAUUGGCAAAACGGAAUGGGAAGGCAUGGAGAGGUAUAUCGAUGGCAUGUAG